UAAUCCCUGGUGUGUCCUCCCCAAUGGACUGCAACCCCACCUCCGUUGUCCUGCGCCCUUCCUUGGCCCUCGAUAAAGAGAGAGAAGCCGGCUCCGGCGGCGUCGUCUUCAGCUCUGCGCUCCUCCCGAACCAAGCCACCAUCCCCAAGGCCUUCAUCUGGCCUCAGUGCGACAGGCCGACGGCCAUCGAGGAGCUGGACUCCCCUGUCGUAGACCUCGAUGGCUUUCUUCGUGGCGACGAAGCGUCCACGGCGCGGGCGGUCGACUGCGUCAGGGCCGCCUGCUCCACCCACGGCUUCUUCCAAGUCGCCAACCACGGCGUGGACGCGUCGCUCGGCCGGGACGCGCUUGGCUGCAUGGACGAGUUCUUCGGGCUCCCGCUCUGCCACAAGUUACGCGCCCGGAGGAAGCCCGGAAGCAUGUGGGGCUACGUCGGCGCUCACGCCGACCGCUUCUCCUCGGAGCUGCCCUGGAAGGAGACCCUCUCCUUCGGCUAUCAUGAGGCCGGCGACGACCGCGUCGUUAUCGACUACUUCACGUCCACCUUAGGCAAUGAUUUCCAGAGGAUGGGGUUGGUCUUCCAGAGAUACUGCGAGGCCAUGGAGAAGCUAUCUCUGGUGAUCAUGGAGCUCCUGGCGAUGAGCCUGGGAGUGGACAGAACCCACUACAGAGACUUCUUCGAGGACAGUCGGUCGAUAAUGAGAUGCAACUACUACCCUCCAUGUCCGGAGCCGGAGCUGACGCUCGGCACCGGCCCACACUGCGAUCCCACCUCGCUCACCAUUCUUCGACAGGACCAAGUGGACGGGCUCGAGGUGUUCGACGGCAACAGAUGGCGGUCCGUCCGGCCUAUUCGCGACGCCCUUGUGAUCAACAUCGGUGAUACGUUCAUGGCACUGUCCAACGGGAGGUACAAAAGCUGCCUGCACCGGGCCGUGGUGAACAGACGCCGGCAACGAAAGUCGCUGGCCUUCUUCCUCUGCCCCAGGGAGGACCGCGUGGUCCGGCCGCCGCCGGGGGAGCUCGGCGGCGCGAGGCUGUACCCGGACUUCACGUGGGCCGAGCUGUUGGAGUUCACGCAGCGCCACUACCGGGCCGACAUUAAGACGCUCCACAGCUUCACCGACUGGCUUCUCUCCUCCUCUUCCCCAUCCCCUCUCCGGUCCACCUGAUCAUCCCCCUUCUCCCUCAUCCACCCACUGUAACUCACAACAGACCGAAUAAUCUAUAGACGCCAUGCGUUCUAGUUCAUCGAUCGUCUCCAUUUUAGGACUGGUUCGUGGAUCUCGAGUUAGGAGUUGAAUUUGCAAGGUGGGAAGAGGAGAGGUGGACGUGAUGGCGGCACAAAGGACAAGCGACCAACACAUGAAGUUGCAGGAGCAGAUCCGGUAUCUGAUAAGCGACGACGUAGCGAACUCCAUGGUGGGCACGGCAGUAACAAGUGUCUCAAGUGGGACGGGGCACUGUGCCGUAUUCUAGCGGUCAACAUGCUGCAGACUCCAAAAGGGCUUCGUGUACUGCCUCCAUUGUAGUGUUCUUGUGCGAGGUUGGGCGCCCGGAGGGGAGA